AUGUCCCGAAAGCUCAAUUUUCUCCGAGAGGACUCUGUGACGUCCGUCAAUUCAGCCUCCCAAUUCCUUGCCAGCAUUCGGGGAAAAACUAUUCAACCCGACCAAAUCAUGGUAUCCUUCGACGUUGUCUCACUUUUCACGUCCAUCCCACCAGACUUGGCGCGCGACGUGCUACGCAAACGCCUCGAAGAAAAGUACAACGAAACGACAGGGCCGCUAAAGAUCCAGCACCUAAUGCAGCUCUUUGCAUUCUGCCAACGAACCUUUUUCGCCUUCGAUGGCAGAACAUACAAACAAAUCAAAGGAACACCCAUGGGUUCCCCAAUAUCCAGCCUAGUUGCGGAAUUGGUCCUACAAGAGCUUGAAAAGGUUGCUUUCGGCCGUUACAAACCUGCGUUUUGGCGCCGAUACGUGGACGAUACAUUCGUCAUUAUUGAAAAGGACAAGCUAUCGGGUUUCCAAGACCUACUUAACAGCAUAUUCCCCGACAUUCAGUUUACAAGAGAAGACGAGGAGGACGAAAAACUGCCCUUCCUGGACGUGCUCGUCACGCGCACACCUGACGGUGAACUCAGCACUACAGUGUACAGAAAGGCGACCAAUACAACCCAGGUCCUCAACUAUCAUAGCAACCACCCAUUGGUGCACAAACGGGGCUGUGUGAGGGCGCUUUUCGACCGGGUAAAAACGCACUGUAGCGAGCCCGAAGGAAGGAUGCAAGAACUAGGGCAUCUCGGGGACCAAUUAACAAAGAACGGCUACCCAAAAAGCUUUAUCAGUCGCUGCAUACGCGCACACCCACGCCGGACAAACGGAAGAGAGACACCAACAACUUGGCACUCCCUACCGUACAUAAAGAAUGUGUCCGAGGCUACAGAACGCAUCGCGUCAGAGCUAGGCGUGGGCAUCGCUCAUCAUCCGGCGGCCACCAUGCGUAGCAGGAUCAUGAAAAUGAAGGAUCGGCUGGACGCAGGUGAACAGUCGGGCGUAGUCUAUCGAAUCCCGUGCCAAAACUGUCCUUGCCACUACACAGGCCAGACAGGACGACGUCUGAGCUCACGAAUACUUGAGCACAAACGGGCCGUUCGGAGAGGCGACCCACUGUCUCAAGUAGCCACUCACACGCUCGAGGAAGGGCAUGAGUUCGACUUCGCCAACACGCGGAUAUUGGCGCGAGCCGGCAACAAGACAGGGCGAGAGCUGUUGGAGGCGUGGGUGUCGGACACCAACUCCAUCAACAGACACAUCGAUUUGCCUGCGUGUUAUCACGCGCUCCGCCCACGCAGCCAGGUGGCGCAGCUCACACCGUCGCGAAGUGCAAAUGGCGUCACCACGCCGGGGGAACAUCGUGGACCAGGCGGCACAAACCCUACCUAG